UGUUCGCUGUUCACGCACCGUGCUAGAAAAAAAAUCUUUCCUUAUCUUUAAAAUAAAAAAAAAUUUAAAAAAAGAACAAUCUAAUUUGUAAUGAUGGAGUUCGCUACUUUCCCUCCGGAUGACUUGUAUGUGUCGUUAAUUCCCUUCAAUGCCAGCCUCCCCGACGCGCUCCUACUCGGACCGCCAAGAGGCGUCGGGACCAACUGGACCAACGGUACCAAUGGGACCAACGGGACCAGCGCGUCCGUGGGUCGCGACACGGCGAGGGUUGUCAUCGCUGUGUGCAUCACCGCCCUCUACUCGCUUAUUUGCGUGGUGGGACUGUUGGGUAACGUUCUCGUCAUGUACGGCGUGGUCAGGUACACCAAGAUGAAAACAGCCACCAACAUCUAUAUCUUCAACUUGGCCCUGGCGGACGCCCUGGCUACCAGCACCUUGCCCUUCCAGAGCGCCAAUUACCUCAUGCGCACGUGGCCGUUCGGGCAGCUCCUGUGCAAAUUGGUCAUCGCCAUCGACUACUACAACAUGUUCACCAGCAUCUUCACGCUCACCAUGAUGAGCGUGGACCGCUACGUGGCCGUCUGUCACCCCGUUAAGGCCCUGGAUUUCCGCACGCCAGCCAAGGCUAAGAUCAUCAACAUCGCAAUCUGGAUUCUGUCGUCAAUUAUUGCAGUACCUGUAAUGAUCAUGGCCGUUACCAAGGUGACAGACAAAGGCAGCGUCGAUUGCAGAAUCAUAUUUCCCAAACCCGAAUGGUACUGGGACACGGUGACAAAAAUCUGCGUGUUCAUCUUUGCAUUCCUGGUUCCCGUGUUUGUCAUCACCGUCUGCUACGGUCUGAUGAUCCUCCGCCUCAAGAGCGUCCGUCUUCUCUCCGGAUCCAAAGAGAAGGACAGGAACCUGAGGCGGAUCACCCGGAUGGUGCUGGUGGUGGUGGCAGCCUUCAUCAUCUGCUGGACUCCCAUACACAUCUUCAUCAUCGUCAAGACCAUGGUGAACAUCAAUCACAAUAACCUCCUAGUGAUGGCGAGCUGGCAUCUGUGCAUCGCCCUGGGCUACACCAACAGCAGCCUCAACCCGGUCCUUUACGCCUUUCUGGAUGAGAACUUUAAGAGGUGCUUCAGGGAUUUCUGCCUGCCCUAUCGCACACGUACGGACAAGCACAGCUUCUCCCGCGGCCGCAACAGCACCAGGGAGCCCGUGUCCGUUUGCGCUCCCGCCAACAGAGACAGACAGCCGGCGUGACUAGGCGUGGACCGGGAAGGGAUCCAGGAGGACCUCCAGACCGAAGUCACACAGUUCUCCACCACAGGAGUGUGAACAUUUGUUCCACCACUGGCAGGUUUAUCUGUAGCUCAUGCCCAAACCUUUUGUGAUGGAUCCCUGGUGAAGACACUCAAUGCUUGUCUUUCAGUAUACUGGAGAAAAAUGCCAAUGUGUGCCUGGAGAUUCUAAACUGGUAGAUACAUAUGUACGUAGAGAUGAGUGGAAAAAUAAAAAUAGAAAAAAAAAAAAACCCAUUCCCACAGGCACUUAAUACUGCCUAAAAUCUCUCGGGCUAAAUUUUGGACAAUUCCGUUGAAAGUAAAUUGAGUCAGACAGACAAUAGAUAGUGUAGGCUUAAUUAUCGAAAUGAGCAGAUGGGGGCGAAAAAAGCAGCGGUCUGAGCUGUCACUGGUUGCUAGGCAAUAUCUGUUUGUAUAAUCCAUCCAUCGAUUUUCAGUCCUCAUUCCGAUCACGGGUGAGCUGCUCAAUCGCUGUCAUUUGUCAUCAUUUUCCUUCCAGAUCAAUUUAACAAAGACUAGCCAUUUUCCCCAAUGCUCUUUUUGUAACAAUUAUUUUUUUUCAACACUACAGCACCAGCUGCUCGAUAUUAUUUGGACUCAUCCCAGAUGCAAAAACACGGCAGGUGCUCCAUCCAGUCUAAAUGUGGCCACCAUGACACCAUUAGAACAUCACUUUUUCCACUUGUGAGAUGAACCCCGCUCCUCCUCGCUAGCUGUCCAAUAUUGACAAAGUUCAGACACAUUAAAAAUUCACCACACACUCCAAGCAGUUUUAAAAUCAGCAAAGGCUUUUGGAUAUUUGUCUCCACUUCAGCACAGUAUUGGUUGCUAGCUACAUUGUUGAGUGUCACUGAAGUGCUUGGAGACGUCCGAGCCAUAUUGGGAGAGAAGCGAAGCUCAACGUAAAUAAACACUCUGCGCCGACGGGCUUGCUAUCUGGCAGUACACUACAUCGAUCCAAAAGGUCUGCUCGUCCAAUUUUGUCACAACUUGUUAAAUGAUUCUAUGAUGGAGACAGCGCGCUCUGACAAAUCAUUACUCUAAAUGAUUUAUAUGUUUUAUGACGAUGCAUUUAAAUCCUCUUCUGCCUCCUAAUGUGUAAAUAUCUCAGAUGAUGGCUCCCUUCACGGGUUGCAUGCAAUUGCCCCUGAGCCAAAAGAGGCAUGAGAGACGUCUGUAUCCCCGACAAAACAAUGGCACUGCGACAACAAUAUUCGAAAAGGAUUUCGCACGGGGCCCUUUGCUGUUGCUGUAGGCACUGAUCCAGGAUUUAUUUUAUUUUUUUACUCCCGUGCCAAAGGUGUCUUGACUGAUGCAUAGGGGGGAUAAGAAUAUUAUUUAUUGAUAUAUUUUAGAAUAUUAAAUGGAGGGGCUUAACAAGGGCUAUACAUAUUAUUAACUGAGGCAUCACCCCUCAAUUUGUCCCGACCACCGACAUAAUUAAACUUUUGUAGACUCUGUAAUUUUGCAAAAGGCCCACAAAGAGCAGUUUAAAAAAAAUUGAAUAAUUAUUCUGAAAAUUUGAUCCCCUUUCCUGAUGACUAUGAAUGGUGCCCUGUGAUUGGCUGGGAAUUAGUUCAGGGUGGAUCACGGUUGUCACCAAAAUUCAGCGAAUUUAGCUCACCAGUGACCCAUUAGGAUGAGCGCUAUAGAAAAUGGAUGGAUGGAACUUUUGUCCGUAUAAUGUAUAUCGAACGGGCCAUUCAGAGAGCGAGAGCGACACCACAAUGACAACGAGUCUUUGCCGCUUAAAAGGGAGAAACAUGAAUGCGCUAAUGUGCUUCGGGAAAUUGCAAUCAAUUGGCUGUAAAUGUAUUCUGAGAUGGUAAAAAGAGAACCUCUGCUCCCGACAUAUCCACUAUUGUCUGUCGUUUCCACUCAUCUCGUGGUAGGUUUUUCUCUACAUUCAGCCUACACUGAAUGCUUUGAAAAGGGAAGGCGGCGCUAUAAAGUCACUCAAUGACCUCAAACGGGCUUGGAGGAAAGUCAUUAGCAAGUCAAGGAGAGGCUUCCGAUUUACAUUACGUCUGAUGGGGGGGGGAUUAUCCAUCAAGGAUGACUCGGAGAUUUAAACGAGGCGAUUUGUUUUUAAAGCACAUUUUAUGUAUAAAUGUGGAACUGGUGCCAAUGGUGGUAUCCUUGUUCCAAAUGUAAAUACAAACACAGAAUAGAGCAUUCAGUGAUGCUGCAAUUUUUUCUUUUUGGGUUGCAAUGUGCUGUCACGCUGUUGUACUGCUACGCUCGAAUCUAGUCAGCAUAUUUACGUUAGACUAGAUUUUCCCGAAAAAUUCUGAGUUAUUUUUCUCUGAUAUAUUUUUUCUUGAUGUGGAAAAAAAACAGUCUUGUGUUAAUAUGAAUUUUUACCCAAUCAUGCCUAUAAAAAGAGAAUAUGAAUGUUUUCUUAGGCCUGCAAUGCUUUUAGCUGAAUGACAAUGUGAAUCGUAAUGCCUUAAUCAACAAGUUGUUUUGUGUGUCUAAAUGUUGUUUACGUUUUUUAUUUUAACGCAGUGGACCUCCGUUACGUUAAACAUCCACGUAUAACUGAUGGCGUGUAAAUAUGCACACACAUAUACAUCUAUGCGGCGGCCACGGCAAAGGAUUGCGUUCUUUUGAAAAUGGUGCUUUAAGAGCACUACAAUUUGCCAUAUACAGACUAUCGAGAGGCUUUUAUACUGUACAAAGUACUUUGGCGAGCUUAAUUGUCCUGCGAGGCAGCGUAAAUCAUCUUAUUGAACCACACUAGUAGAUUUUCAUUCCUUGCAGUGGUAGUUAUCACGGAUAUCGUUGACACGUAUAUUUAAAUGCAGUGUAUGAGCCGAUAAUUAGUGAGUAUGAUCAUGAUGAGCAUCUGUGACCUGUGAGGGCGUUGUUAUUAAAAGAACCACUAGGGGGAGAGUGAAAAGCACAAUAUGUCAUUUGUCACGUCAAGGAUAAAAUUGGAAGCCGUCAGGGAUAAAAUUGGAAGUCGUGGCUACUCAAGUGUCAAUCAGGGUACUAGGGGUGCAGUACUGCUUUUGGUCGUUUGGGGCGCAGUAGUACACUAACAUUGGUUUCCCCGUUUGCAAAAUAUAAUCGGUACCGAUGACUUCGAUUGUCGACGCCUGUGAAUAAUUCCUGAACUUGUUUAUACGAUGCAUGUUUGUUCAUUUAUUUACUUCAAACGAUCUGGGCUUUUUUUGCUUUAUCAGGACUGAGACUUUUUUUUUUGCAAUUAUUUGCAGAGUGAUGUUGACUCUAAACCAAUUAUGGUUCCUAUGGUAAUAGAUAAUAAAGGAACAUGGAAUAUGCGAGUUUAUGUUGGGAAUCUUAUCUUUUUUUUCUCUCUCAGACACUCAUUAAAUAUGGAUUGCAAAGGAUAUCUGCUGAAUAUUAAUCAAGCAUUUAACACGCCAAUCAGCUGCACUUUUU